AUGCCGUUGGAUCACAUUCGAUCCAUAAAUCAACGAUGCCAAAUCAAAUUAAUCGCACCAAGCGAAAAAGAUACUGUGGCGACGGUGGCGGGGCUGCUGGAGAAGUACACGGCGGUGGUGGCGCGUGUGGUGGAGCACGUGUUGGCCGACGCGCCUAUUCCCCCGGCGCGUGCGUGUCCUCAUACUGCGCAGUCUCCAUUUCGCCUCUCCGCAUUCUGCUUGCCGCAUGUAGUUACCAACUGA